CUCGCUAUUGGAUGGCGCUGUUUCCGGGGCUCUGUAGGUUGACGUUUCUCGGUCUGCCUUGAGAGACAGACCGGGGAGAAUGGCUGCCAGUGGAGAGGUAGGGAAGCUGUUACAAGUUCAAAAUGGAACUCCUCUAAGCACCAACUACAACGGGGUAGAUGCUGUCCACGCCUGUACCAUUCUUCAGCAGCUCAAGUCCUUGUACGAUGAAGCUCAGCUGACAGACAUCGUUGUAGAAGUGGACCAUGGGCAGACAUUCUCCUGUCAUCGAAAUGUCCUUGCUGCCAUCAGCCCAUAUUUUAGGUCCAUGUUCACCAGUGGCCUUACAGAGUGCAACCAGCCUGAAGUCAGGAUCGUAGGAGUGGAAUCUGAAUCCAUGAACCUAGUCUUGGAUUACGCCUACACGUCAAGGGUGACACUUUCGGAGUCCAAUGUCCAGGCCCUGUUCACAGCAGCCAGCAUCUUCCAAAUCCCUGCCCUGCAGGACCUUUCUGCCCAGUUCAUGAUCAGCCGCCUAGACCCACAGAACUGUAUCGGGGUCUACAUGUUCGCUGAUGCCUAUGGCCACCAAGAGCUGAGGGAGCGUUCGCAAGAUUACAUCCGCAAGAAGUUUGUAUGCGUGUCGUGGGAGCAGGAGUUCCUCCAGAUGACGAAGGAGCAGCUCGUCAGCAUCCUCAACAACGAUGACCUGAACGUGGAGAAGGAGGAGCACGUGUACGAGAGCAUAGUACGCUGGCUGGAGCACGACCGGCCAGGCCGCGAGGGCAGCCUCGCGGAGGUGUUCUCCCAGUGCAUCCGUCUGCCCUUGCUGGACGAGGCCUUCCUCAGCCGCAUACCUGCCCCCUUUGCCUGUGCCCUCUCCCUUUCCAAGGACCCCACCGAGGCCAAAACCGGCCUCAACGGCACCAAUGGUUGCUCCCAGCGCCUGGGCAUGACGGCCUCGGAGAUGGUAAUCUGCUUUGAUGCUGCACACAAACACUCAGGAAAGAAGCAGACCGUGCCUUGCCUGGACACGGCCACUGGCCGAGUGUUCAAGCUCUGCAAGCCCCCUAAUGACUUCCGAGAGGUGGGCAUACUGGUGUCCUCCGAGAACGACAUCUUCAUUGCAGGAGGCUACCGGCCCAGCAACAGUGAGGUGUCCAUCGACCACCGUGCCGAGAGUGACUUCUGGCAAUACGAGCACGCAGGGAAUAGAUGGCUUCCACGAGCGCCUCUGCUGCGGGCUAGGAUUGGCUGCAGGCUGGUGCACUGCUGCGGGAAGCUCUAUGCACUUGGGGGCCGCGUUUAUGAAGGCGAUGGGAGGAAUGCAUUAAAGUCCGUGGAGUGCUACGACGCCAGAGACAACUGCUGGUCAGCAGUCAGCCCCAUGCCAGUGGCCAUGGAGUUCCACAGUGCUGUGGAGUACAAGGAUCGUAUCUACAUUCUCCAAGGCGAGUAUUUCUUCUGCUUCGACCCCCGUAAGGACUACUGGGGCCAACUGUCUCCAAUGGUUGUCUCGAGGAGUCAGGGUCUGGCUGCCUUACAUAAGAACUGCAUCUACUACAUUGCUGGCAUCUGCAGGAACCACCAGCGCACCUUCACGGUAGAGGUCUACGACAUAGAGCAGAACACGUGGAGCCGGAAGAGAGACCUGCCCUUCGACCAAGCCACCAGCCCCUACAUCAAGGCCAUGCUGCUCCAGGGCAAGCUGCACCUGUUUGUGCGAGCCACGCAGGUCAUGGUGGAGGAGCACGUGUUCCGCACCAGCCGCAAGAACUCGCUUUACCAGUACGACGACGAGGCCGACCUAUGGACCAAAGUCUACGAGACUCCGGAUCGCCUGUGGGACCUUGGCCGCCAUUUUGAAUGCGUGGUCGCUAAACUUUACCCUCAGUGUCUACAGAAAGUGCUCUGAGGCAUCCCUCUGGACACGUGUUGGGAACCCAAUCUUGGAAGGCAGAAGGAGUGUUUGGGCCCUGCCUGCCUUGUGCCUGGUGCUACCUUGGUUCUUUGCACCACAGGGACUGUUGUCAGUUGAGUUGAUCAGGAAGGGGUGCUUUUAAAGAUUGCAGUAUUUUGUUUUUUUCUCUUCAGAAUGCACCAACCACCAACACUGAUGCUUGUUUUGCGAAAUCGUACAAUGAAUCGUAAGUGCAAUUAUGUUUGCUUGUUCUUGAGCCUUGUUGUUCCAUUUUAUAUGGAGGCAUAUAAUUUUACACAUGAUAAGCAUGCUGUUUUUUUGGGGGGUUUUCUUUCGCUAAAACGUCCCUCAGAGUGUGGAUGCUAGGUGUCACCAUAAAGUCAAAAUCUAUAUCUAAAUGAUUCUACAUAUUUUAUUCAUACGGGUAAGAUGAGCACUGGCUCAUGAUUCGAUCACUAGCUCAGAUAGAUGUUUCUUUUGGGGGGUUCUUUAAUGCUAAGCUAAUUCUCGGCAACCAUUUUGUCAAGUUUUCAGUUGAAUUGUUGUGAUUUAGUAUGCUUGAAGCACGUCACUUUUUGACACCAAUUGUAUCCUCACCAAUCCGGGUGUUGGGAACCAACACAGGUUUGAGCUGUCUGAUAUUUAACUGCAUGGAGGAUGGAGGUGCUUCCUCCCUUAGGUGAGCGUCUUGUUUGUGUCAUAUGACAACUUAAGUGAAUAGUUCAAAUAUUUCUUCUCCACAUUGGAGAAAUAAAUAAAGUCCAACUUGUGGCAAAUACUAAGUUCAGAACGCCUAGCAGGUUUACCUCAGCAAGUACACAAAUCUGGCAAAUGGAUAAGGCCAAUUUAUUAUGUUUGCCAAAGUGUAAGACGCUUGGUUAAAAGUUUUUUUUUUUUGUCUUCUCCCUCGUGAAUGAGGUCAUGUUUUCAUCUAGACUUGGACAUUGAAAAUAUAUAUGGUAGCAAUAACUAAUGUAACUAUGAUUAGGCUAUAUUAGGUUGUUUUACCUUUGUAGAAAGUGCAUUAUUUCAUUAGAGGCCUGUCUUUUCUAGUUUAAAUCAUGUAGGUCUUGAUAUUGAGUGUGUGGGUCAUAUGGAUGUAGACUUGAAGUGUUUCUAUAAUGAACGGUGCAGAUCCCUAGGGGAUGUCAUUGUGCCUAUGGGUAGAUAUGGGACAUCAGAAUCAUGUACUGUCCUGAUCCAGAGGAAUAUCUGUCUUACUUGACAUUGCACUGAAUCAUUCUCCACCUAACUGCAAACUUUACGAAGCACCCUCCUGAACAUUGUGUGUGUGUGUGUGUGUGUGUGUGUGUGUGUGUGUGUGUGUGUGUGUGUGUGUGUGUGUGUGUGUGUGUGUCCCACAAGUGAGUCUGGAAGAGCUGACUCAUACCGAAAUGUUGGUGCUGCUUUUUAUGGACAAUCUUGUAUAAAAGUAAUACAGUCAUCUAAUAAUGUUCCCGGUUCAACAAUGACAUUUCUUCAUGCAGGUAACUGUCCAUAUUUGCACUACUCUGCACCCUUUUAUUUUAUCGAAUCUUCAAAGGAAUUUAUUUUGUCCCUCCAAAUCAUUUAUCUACAAUCAAGCUGUUAGAUUCAACCCCUUUUUGACUGGAGAUUAAUACAAGAGUUCAAUUCAGAUGGAGCUAUCUCCAAGUGACCUGGCUUCAGAAAAACCCAGCCAAUGUGGGGAUUGGAGAUUCCAACCAUAUGCCUCCGUACAGCCAUGUGGUAACCAGUAACAGAACUCUCAGGAUAACUAUUGAUACAGUACUGUAUUUAAAUGUUUGUUAUGUGUAAAAUACUGUACAAUAGGUUUGCUGUACUUGCACAGUUUUGAAAUGUACUUUUUUGUUUUUUUUAUAACUUGAAAGAUAGAUGUGAUUUUUGAGUUUUACCAUUUUUCUUUGGUAAUGUUAGAGUAAUUUUGUGUUGUAAAAAAAUAACAUUUAUUUAGAUCUUUCUUUGUUCUUUUUAGUAUAGUUUUAAUUGUAACAUAUCAUUCAAAUCAAGCAUUACAGAUGGAUAGUUAUAACAGUUUCACCACACCAGUCAUUUUCAUGCAACGAGCUAAGAAUCAAUCAUUGUGCUUUCUGUGUCAGUGGGUUGAGAUACCCAGCUCCUUUCUGGUUGUCAAUAUGCAUAUGGUGCUAUACCGUUGAACUCUUCCUGCAUUUUUUGUUUGUGAAUAGGGUCUGAUUACAGCUGUGGCCUGGUUCUUCCAUACCUUUUGAACUUCCUUUUUAAGCAAUUGAGCUCAUGCCAAUUAGGCCUUUCUUUCUCUAGCCAACCAAUCCACUUAGCUAUAGCAAACUUUCAUGGCAGAAGGGUGUGUACCCACUGAAAUCCUAUGUCUUGAGAUUAACCACAUUUAUGUUGGAUUUCAAUACACUAUCGAGUCAGUUUCAUGUGAGUGAACAAUGGCAUGGACAGUGUUUAGUUUAUUUGUUCACAGGCGUUGCUUUAUGGAACUGAAUCAAUAGUUAAUUUUCUGAGUCCAACCAUUAUUCCCCCCGUUCGGUGACUCUUGUGUAAGGGGUCAGUUAGUGUUAGGAGUUGACAGUGCUUGCCCUGCUAUUCCCUACCGCAAACUCGAAAGAGCCAUAGGCAUUUCUAUGUUGUCCAGUCCAGAAUUUGCCUCCACAGCUGUAAUCGGAUGACAUCGGGCAUUUUGUCACUAUUUGCUGGUUUGUUAUUGGGGUUUCGGGGUAUAGGGGUGGUUGAGCUUAACUGUGAAAUUCACAUUGCACAUACUUUUGAGAAUAAAACCAUGAGAACAAAGAA